AUGACUAACAAGGCUAUUUUAUAUUCUACACACUUCAUGACUAGUAACAGAAUAAUCAAUAUUUCAUCGUCCGCAUCUCGCUCUUAUUUCUUCAGCGGUAUAUCUUCUUUCUUCACCUGUAUCUCGCUCUUCUUUCUUCUCGUACCUCGAUCUUCAUUCUUCACCUGUAUCUCGUUCUUCUUUCUUCUCGUAUCUCGAUCUUUCUUCACCUGUAUCUCGCUCUUCGUUCUUCACCUGUACCUUGCUCUUCUUUCUUCACUGGUACUUCGCUCUUCUUUCUUCACCUGUAUCGCGCUCUUCUUUCUUCACUGGUAUCCCGCUGUCCUUUCUUCACCUGUACCUUGUUCUUCUUUCUUCAGGUGUAUCUCGCUCUCUGCGGUAUCUUGCUCUUCUUUCUUCACCUGUAUCUCACACUUCUUUCUUCACCUGUAUCUCGAUCUUCUUUCUUCACCUGUAUCUCGAUCUUCAUUCUUCACCUGUAUCUCGCUCUUCUUUCUUCACUUGUAUCUCGAUCUUCAUUCUUCACCUGUAUCUCUCGAUAUUCAUUCUUCACUUGUAUCUGGAUCUGCCUGCUUCAUCUUGCUCUUCUUUCUUCAUCUUGCUCUUCUUUCUUUGUCUUGCUCUUCUUUCUUCGUCUUGCUCUUCUUACUUCACCUGUAUCUUGAUUUAAAGAUCUUCAAGCUAAUACUGUUAUUAGAAUUAUCAAGAUUUCAUCGUCUGCAUCUCGCUCUUCUUUCUUCUGCGGUAUAUCGAUCCUCUUCACCUGUAUCCCGCUCGUCUUUCUUCACCUGUAUCUCUCGAUAUUCAUUCUUCACUUGUAUCUGGAUCUGCCUGCUUCAUCUUGCUCUUCGUUCUUCGUCUUGCUCUUCGUUCUUCGUCUUGCUCUUCUUUCUUCGUCUUGCUCUUCUUUCUUCGUCUUGCUCUUUUUUCUUCGUCUUGCUCUUCUUUCUUCGUCUUGCUCUUCUUACUUCACCUGUAUCUUGAUUUAAAGAUCUUCAAGCUAAUAACAGAAUUAUUAAGAUUUCAUCGUCUGCAUCUCGCUCUUCUUUCUUCUGCGGUAUAUCGAUCCUCUUCACCUGUAUCCCGCUCGUCUUUCUUCACCUGUAUCUCGCUCUUCUUUCUUCUCGUAUCUCGUUCUUCAUUCUUCACCUGUAUCUCGCUCUUCGUUCUUCUCGUAUCUCGAUCUUCAUUCUUCAACUGUAUAUUGCUCUUCUUUCUUCAUCUUGCUCUUCUUUCUUCACCUGAAUCUCGCUCUUCGUUCUCCAUCUUACUCUUUCUUCAGGUGCAUCUCGCUCUUCUUU